AUGAUUUCAAUAGUAAAUCUACUGUUCUUCGGGCUAUUUCUGGAUAAAUCAGUCCCAUCAUUAGCUGCAUUGGGACACGGACACGGAGCAGGAGGGAGCGGCGGAGGAAUAUGUGGGAUUUCCCAUUAUGGUCAGACUGCAUUUGAAAAGUAUAUGUGUUAUUAUCUAGUUACCUACCCCCUAUUGGCACCAGUACCGCCGCCACCUGAAGAAGGUGCCAGAGGCCUUAGAGGUCUUGGGACAGGUAGACGCGGGCGAGGACGACGAAGGGGGAAAAGAAGCGCCUCAUACAGGCCACAUAAUGAUAUGUACAUGCAAACAGAAAAGGGACAUAUAAGGAUAAAACCUGGAUAUGUUGCCCAGAUUGACAGAUACCCUGCCCCUAAAAAGGACCAUUAUCCUCCAAAGAAGCCACAGAAAGAAACAGAGACGGUGAUUAUUUACCCAAAAGUGAUGAUGAAGAUGAGCCCCCCAAAAUAUAUGCCUCAUCCACCUAAGUACAUGCCCCAUCCUCCACCUAAGUAUAUGCCCCAUCCACGGCCAAUGUACCCUCCAAAACAGAUGUAUCUUCCUCCCCAACCGAAAUAUCCCCCACCCCAACCUAGGUAUCCACAGCCUCAACCAAAAUAUCCUCCUCCUAAACCUAUGUAUCCUCCUCCCCAACCAAAAUAUCCUCCCCCUCAACCAAAAUAUCCCCCUCCUAAACCUAUGUAUCCUCCUCCCCAACCAAAAUAUCCUCCCCCUCAACCAAAAUACCCUCCCCCACAGCCAAAAUACCCUCCUCCUCAACCAAAAUACCCCCCUCCACAGCCAAAAUACCCUCCUCCACAACCAAAAUAUCCCCCUCCACAGCCAAAAUACCCUCCUCCACAGCCAAAAUACCCUCAUCCGCAGCCAAAAUACCCUCCUCCACAGCCAAAAUACCCUCCUCCACAGCCAAAAUAUCCCCCUCCACAGCCUAAAUAUCCCCCUCCACAGCCAAAAUAUCCCCCUCCACAGCCUCAAUAUCCCCCUCCACAGCCUAAAUAUCCACCACCUCCUCCCGAACAGAAAUAUGUGUUAGUUCCUGUCAAACAAGAGCCAAAAUACCCUCCUCCUCAACCCAUGUACCCUCCACCUCCAGAUCCCCAUAAGCCUCCACCACAUCCACAACCUAAAUACCCUCCUCCUCAACCAAAAUACCCACCAGCGAAAGAGGAGAAAAAGGAUCCCAGGAAAUUCUAUCACUUCACUGUUCAUGGAUACUAUGAUGCGGAGGAUCAAGGGGAUCCAAAAUAUCAGAGGUACAACAACUACCAUCACAAUGGGAAAUAUAACCACCAUUCCAAAGGCGGUGGCUCAAAAUGUGGACAGUCUGGUAUCUAUAAAGGAUUCUGCCAGGCCAAGUACCCUGGACAUUACAAACACAGGAAACCUGGCUGCUACAUACAGUGUGAUGGGUUUGGUAAUACACAUAUAAAACCUUGUGCAAUAGGGACAGAAUGGACUGGGGGUCACGGUCCUACAUUGUUUAAUCCCUGUAUGCGGAAACAUUAGCAAAUGAGCACCAGAACAGAGAUCACUUGAUGUUCCAGUUCCUAUACUAAUUACAGAAUACGAAAUAUCAAGG